UGAACACCCCCCAAAAACAGUAACCAUACAGAGAUAUGUAUCAAAGUUACAUGGAUGACGUGUAUGUAUGGGUCCUUCGGACUUCCGGGUUGAGAUAAACAGAUUCCAUACGGAGUUACCUCACCUAAAAGAUGGCCAAAGUGACGUUUAAAAUCACCCUGACGUCGGAUCCCCGGUUGCCAUACAAAGUAUUAAGUGUCCCAGAAAGCACACCGUUCACAGCAGUUUUGAAGUUUGCAGCUGAGGAGUUUAAAGUGCCGUCAGCAACGAGUGCAAUAAUAACAAAUGAUGGAAUAGGAAUCAACCCUGCGCAGACGGCAGGGAAUGUGUUUCUAAAGCACGGCUCAGAGCUUCGACUCAUUCCCAGAGACAGAGUGGGCGGACAAGGAGACUGACUUAUGCUGCUUUUCCACGUUGAUGGCAUAAUGACUCACACAGCGGAAUCAAACAACACUUAAAACCUGGGAAACACCUUAGUGUGUGUCAUUAUGUAUGUUCUGGCCCAAAACUGACAGUGACUCACAUGAGAAUAUUCAUAUUUAAACUUGGCGCACACAUUUUCACGGCCCCACAUCAUCAUUCUUAGCCAGUUUCAGAAAUAUAGAGUAACAUCAACCAAGACUCCAUGAAUUAAUGAGUAAUUAAAGACAAAACUAGCAGCUGCAUCCAGGUUAUUGGCUAAAAUUAACAAAUGAGUAAACAGUAACAUUUGCAUGUUUGUAAAUGUCAAUAAACAAUCAGUAUGACUUGCAGUACAUCCCAAAUAUUCUCUGUACUUUUUGGAUAUAAAAGGUCUUUUUUUCUUUUUUUAAAUACAUGUGCAUCAUUCUUUGAGGACCAUUGUUGCCUCAUAGUGGAUGUUCAUACAUGUCACUUGCCUGUUCACAUUAGUUGUUUUUUUUUAGGCACCUGGUGACAGGCAGUUUUACUCAGAGAACAGCCUGCACUGUGCAUCUGUGCUGAACCUGUGGACCAGAUGCUUCUUUAACUAGAAUAUAGAGUUAUGAAACAAUUAAAUGAAACUGUGCAAGCACGUGGCUCUUUGCUGCCCUCUGCCAGCUCACAUUUUAGUUGUACUCAACUCAAUACCUCACCUUUGAAUUUUUAGUUUUGCAUUGUUCAUCUUCACACAUUAAAUACAGAAAAUCUCCACAUGAGCACUUGGAGUGUUUUGAUUUGCAAAGCUAGCUUGAUUAUGAUCUGAUGAGCAGGUGUUGAGGAAACAAGGCAGGCUUCCAAAAAGCUUUAAUUAACAAGCAGAGCUCCCUUGAAUGUGUCACAGUAGCUAACAUCAUUACUAAGGUCCAUACAACACCAUUUACAGAUUCCAUCAUUAUAUAGGAAAUAAACAUGAAGUGUUCGCAGUC